AUGCCCAAGAGGAAGAGAGGUGCUUUUCAGUCAUGGAGCGCUCUUCUAAGCAUGAGGAGGAUCAUGCUUUCCUUCCUCUGCUUACUGAUGCACCUGCUUCAGGAUGAGAUAACUUCACUUUCACUUACGGAAAACCAAGGCCUGCAAGACUCGAUUAAGCCACAGAAGGUAGAGUUUCGUUCGUUAAACUUCAACAGCACUUUGCAUUGGCAGCCUGGGUGGGCCAGAGAGGCAAGAGACACACUCUACUUUGUGCAGUAUAAAGUUUAUGGGCAGACCACAUGGCAAAACAAACAUGACUGCUGGGGAAUUCAAAGCCAUGUCUGUGACCUAACACAUGAGACCUCUGACAUCCGGGAGCCUUACUAUGGAAGAGUGAAAGCCGCAUUGGCUGGUGUCUAUUCCGACUGGAGCCUCAGCUGCAGAUUCACUCCCUGGCGAGAAACUAUGAUAGGACCUCCAAUAGUAACUGUGGUUCAUAGCAACAAAUCCAUUGUAGUAAAGCUCCAGCCUCCCCGUUCUCCAUAUAAAAGGAAGAAAGGCAGCAAGAUACCAAUGACAAAUUAUUAUGAUCUGGUGUAUCAAGUCUUCAUAAUUAACAACUUGCUAGAUGAGCAACACAGAGCCCUGGUGUAUGAAGGAAAAGACAAGGUUAUUCAAAUAAAAGAUUUGAGGCCUGGAGUCAGCUACUGCAUCGUGGCUAAAACAUACGUGCCCAUACUGGACCGCAGCAGUGCCUGCAGCAGCAGGCAAUGCACCGUGCUGCACUGACAGGGCUGGCGCCUCCGCGACAGGGAUAAUGGCAGAAGACGCUUUCCAUCACAGAUCCAGCUGUAAAUCAACAUCUGUUGUCUAUGUCUGGAAUACAUACUUGGACACUUUUUAAACUAACCUUUGCUGCAUUAAAUUAUUUGAUUCCUCGCAAUCAUUUUAUGCUACGUGAAGGUCAAGGAUUGUUUGUAUGUCCUAUAUUACAAUUUAUGAUGGUAUAUAUUUGCAUUUUCAAAGGAAACAGUCUUGUAAUAUAAAAAAAACGUACAAAAAGCAUUUGUGGAAAUAUCCUUAAGAUUCCUUCUAGGGUUUUUCUAUUUUAAGCCUUGGAAUUAAAAUACAAUUUAUAAAAUAGAAGUUUCAGAUAUUUUAUGUCUUCUAGAACUACGGUUGCAACAGAAUAUGUAAAAAGUGUCCUCUCUUUAAAAUAAGAAAUGUACAGUACAGGAGUA